AUGGUGAUUUCGAAGAUCUGCUGCAUCGGGGCCGGGUAUGUUGGUGGGCCGACGUGCAGCGUGAUGGCACUCAAGUGUCCUGACAUCCAGAUAACGGUCGUCGAUCGCAGCACGGAACGGAUAGCCCAGUGGAACUCGGACAAGCUGCCCAUCUACGAGCCGGGACUCGAUGAGGUGGUCCGCCAGUGCCGCAACCGUAAUCUCUUCUUCUCCACCGACAUCGAGAAAGCGAUCCAGGAGGCAGAACUCAUCUUCAUCUCCGUCAACACGCCGACCAAAACGUACGGCAACGGGCGAGGACGUGCGGCCGAUCUCAAGUACGUGGAAGGAUGCGCACGCAUGAUCGCCGAAAUGUCCCAGAACAGCAAGAUCGUGGUGGAAAAGAGCACGGUACCGGUGCGAGCGGCCGAAAGUAUCAUGCACAUCCUGAAAGCGAACCACAAGCCGGGUGUCAAGUACGACAUCCUGUCGAAUCCGGAGUUUCUCGCCGAGGGUACGGCCGUCGAGGACCUCUUGAAGCCUGAUCGUGUCCUGAUCGGUGGCGAACAAUCUCCCGAGGGCCAGGCAGCGAUCGAGAAACUGUGCUGGGUGUACGAGCACUGGAUCCCGAAGAAAAACAUCAUCACGACGAACACGUGGAGCUCGGAGUUGUCCAAACUGGCGGCGAAUGCGUUCCUGGCCCAACGCAUAUCCUCGAUCAACUCGCUGUCGGCGGUGUGCGAGGCAACGGGUGCGGAUGUCUCGGAAGUGGCCCGUGCGGUUGGACUGGAUUCACGCAUAGGGCCCAAAUUCCUGCAAGCGUCGGUUGGGUUCGGAGGUAGCUGCUUUCAGAAGGACAUCCUGAAUCUGGUGUAUAUUUGCGAGGGGUUGAACCUGCCCGAAGUGGCCGCCUACUGGCAGCAGGUGAUCAACAUGAACGACUACCAGAAGACGCGCUUCUCGCAGAAGAUCAUCGAGUGUCUGUUCAACACGGUCACGGACAAGCGCAUCUCGAUUUUGGGCUUCGCGUUCAAAAAGAACACGGGUGAUACUCGUGAAACGCCCGCCAUCGCCGUCUGCCGGACGCUGCUCGACGAGGGCGCUCAGCUCAACAUCUACGAUCCCAAGGUGGAACCGGAGCAGAUCAUCGCGGACCUAACGCACCCGAAGGUGACGGACAGCCCGGAACACGUGAAGCGAGCCGUACAGAUCUUUGCCGAUCCGUACGAUGCCGUGCGGGGCACGCAUGCCCUCGUCGUCUGCACGGAAUGGGAUGAGUUUGUCGUAUGUCAUCAACUUCAGCAUGGUUGCUGCACCGCCCCGACGCCGACGAUCAUCGACGAUCAUGACCACAACCACCACCAAAACCACAACCAUCUCCUGUCCCACCACCACCACCACCAAAAAUACCACCAUCCUCACUACCAGCACCACCAUGAUCCGCGGAACCGGCCCGUUUCUAAUCGCGUCCCCGUUGUACCUUUCGCUGUCUUCCCACAGAGCCUCAACUACGAGCGCAUCUACGCGUCGAUGAUGAAACCGGCGUACAUCUUCGACGGGCGCAAGAUCCUGCCGCACGAGCGGCUCCAGCAGAUCGGGUUCCACGUGCAAACGAUCGGCAAGCGAUUGUUGCAGGAACCGAUCGCGAAGCCGUUCCCGGCGCACCUCACCAAUGGGCACGCGCAUGGCCACGUGUCCCUGCCGGCGAACGGUGAUGGGCCACUGGCGCAGGCCUAGUAGCUCUGCUGCCUCGUAGAUAGUACCGCUAGUGACAUCGCUUCGCCCGUAGACACCGCAGACCUGGACAGUGACAGCGAGGAUGAUGCGAAUCAGCGCCGUAUUCUGUUCGAUGCCGCCGCCGGUUGGUGGCAGUGCUUCCUGCGUAUGGAUUGCACUGGCACGGCGGCAAAACCCACGGUACCAGCGUCUCCU